AUGGCUCCUGUUGCAAACACCAAAUCUUCGGUGGAGCUCUCCGCUCUUAAGGACAAUCUCAUCCUCAUGGCUACGCACAAAAAGGAGCUUGAGCUGAUCAAAUCCACACCUGCUGCUCCAGGGCCGGGAAUGGCUCUGGUCCACGUUCGCGCUACGGGCGUGUGUGGUUCCGACGUGCACUUCUGGAAGCAUGCCGGACUCGGACCUUGGAAGAUCGAAUCACAGUGCGCUCUAGGUCACGAAUCUGGAGGAAUCGUCAUUGCGGUCGGUGAAGGCGUCGACAACGUGGUCCCUGGUGAUCGCGUAGCCAUUGAGCCUGGGGUUCCAUGCUUCAAAGCUACGUGCGACUUUUGUCGUACAGGAAAGUACAAUCUCUGCCCCACCGUCGACUUUUACUCGGUCCCUCCUAAGGAUGGAACGCUCAAACGAUACCACGAGCACCCAGCGGGCUGGCUGCACAAGGUUCCAGACAACAUGUCGUACGAAGAAAUUGCGCUUCUCGAACCUCUUUCGGUCACUUUGCAGGCUACACUUCAAGCCGAAAUCUCGCUGGGAACGCCGGUGCUAAUCACGGGAGCAGGUCCAAUUGGAAUCGUCCAGCUGCUGUGUGCAAGUGCUGCAGGUGCUACACCGAUCGUCAUCACUGACGUCGUCAAGGACCGACUCGAUUUCGCCCAAAAGAUUGUCCCUGGAACUUUCACCUAUCAAAUCGACCCCAAGAAAUCUCCGCUCGAAAGCGCCACUGAGAUCUGCAAGGUCUUCUCCAAGGCAAGCGGAAAACACAUCGCCCAAGGUGAGCGUGACGUCCAACCCGCCAUCACAAUGGAAUGCACCGGCAUUGAAAGCUCGAUCCAAACCGCUUCGUACGCCACCGCAGCCAGCGGCUUAGUCUUUGUGAUUGGUGUAGGUGCCAACUUGCAACAAAUUCCUUUCAUGCACCUUUCCACCAACGAAAUCACGCUCAAAUUCUUGUUCAGGUACAGGGACACUUGGCCCAGAGCAAUCAGAUUGGUCAGCAGCGGCAAGAUCGAUGUCAAGCAAAUCGUGACCAGCCGCUUCCCGCUAGAAAAGGCAAAGGAGGCUGUAGAACAUGCGGCGGAUAGGUCCAAGUUUAGUGUCAAGACAAUCAUCUAUGAUGAUCAGGAGUAG